UGUCCCUGUCUAAUGACGGAGAUAGCGAACGAAUGUUCGCUCUCAAUGUAAUGCGCGUAACGCUAUCGAAUCAUAUAAACUGAGAAUAAACACGUAGAACAGAUGACUCUACGUCUGACGAGCUAACUAGAAACAACCCUCUUAGUAUUCUCAAGCUAUCUCCGAAAGUCUGUCUCUAAACAUUACAGUUUGGCGGCGAGAAAAAAACGUUAAUCGGUGAUAAAAGCAAGGAUAAAAGUAUAAAGUGCAGUGAGAAAGAGCUUUUUUUUGCGUGCUGCAGUUAAUUAUCUCUGGGAAAUCCAAGAUUGGAGUGGCCCAUAGAAAGGGAUAGAAGUGGACAUCGACUGCUACGGAAUCUGGAGUGGUGAACAUUUAUUUCCUGGAAACGCCAGCGUUUGCUUGGAUAAGAAGCUGUGUUAGAAGGUUUGGAUUUUCUUCAGUAUCAGUUCAGGUAUCCAACGCAAUCGUAAGUAAAAAUAAAACCAGCCAUUACUUAGUGAGGUGAAAAAGUGAAACCGUUGAAAGUGAGAGGCAAGGCCAUUGAAAAUUUUAUGAGAGAGUUGUAAGCCGACAUUCCGGGGUUAUACAAAUAACGGACUCAUUUGUGUAUCUUCGACGACUCACGGCGUCAAAGUCGGCGUCACAGUCGUCAUUAGCCAUCUCGCUCAUAUCACUAAACAAAGCACUCACAGUGGAGUUUCAAUAGCUUUUUAAAAGUGAGAACAACAACAAAACAAGGAUAUUGUGUCGAGAUCGUGCUGUGAUAUAUCGUUUAUCAUUUUUUCUGUAAAAAUCUGAUAAAAUAGUUCAUUUCUGGUGGAUUUAGUCAUUUAAAGUGUUUCUCUUUCAUUUUGUGUAGAAAAUUGGACGUUUGGAGAAUCCAAGUUUGGAAGUGCACUCAAUUUUGGUCCAGUUGAUGACAAAUUCGGCCGAAAAAGUUUUCUGCUAGACGACAACCGGAACUCCAUUGCAUCAGACGAGGGCGAUUCGGCAGUCGGCACCGGAAAAGGCGUUUGGUUCAAACCAACAGGUGGUAUUUCCACAGGAUCUGGCUGUGUCCGGCACGUUUAGAGAACUCCCUUGGUGUUGUUCGGUACUGCAAAAUGGCAACCACGAACAUUACAACUACGAUUGAACCAUAUCGCAAAGGAACUUCUUUUGCAGAUUGGUUCGAACGCAUCGAGCUUUUUUUUUCGGUUAAUAACGUCGACUUGGAUAAGAAGAGGGGAUACUUUGUCACCCUUGGUGGACCCGUAAUUUUUUCCGAGUUGAAGUUGCUUUUUCCAACCACAAGUAUUCAGGAGAUACCGUAUGAAGAAAUGACAAAGAAACUUAAGGCACGGUUAGAUAAAACGGAAAGUGAUCUAAUUCAGCGUUUAAAAUUUAACAACAGGGUUCAGCAACCCGAUGAAACGGUUGAAGAUUUCAUUCUUUCGGUAAAACUACAGGCGGAAUUUUGCACCUUUGGAACCUUUAAGGAUAUUGCGGUUCGUGACAGGAUUUUGGCCGGGCUAAGAGACAAUUCUCUACGCCAAAGGCUGUUGAGCGAAGAAAACUUAACUCUACAAUCCGCGGAGAAAGUUAUUGCUACGUGGGAGUUAGCAGGUGCAAACAACAGAAAUCUUACAGGUACAGGCACAAGUUUAGAACAUAUAGCGUAUCUGAGAAACCAAGCAAGGGGGCCAGUUGGUUCAACUCUUAAUAAGCUUGCAAACACUUACCAUUUGGCAAAUAAUUCCGCUCAGUCUCAUUCAUAUCGAGGUCCAGUGAAGAAUAGGCUUGGGUUUAGGUCGAAUGAUCGGGAAGGUUUAGAAGACAGAUUCAAGGACAGGAGAUUCAAUACAUAUAAAAACGACCAGUACAAAUCUAGGGAUUGGAAAAAGGAGGGUCAUAGGCAGCGAUCAAGUUAUGCAGAUCUUAUAUGCAGCUUUUGUGGAAUAAAAGGGCAUGUGAAGCGGAAAUGCUUCAAACUUAAAAAUAUGAGAAGAGACACGGUGAACAUGGUGGACGAUAUUGAUUCCGGCCGUAGCGUAGAGGGACAUGUCAGUGAGCUGAUGAAUCGAAUGCGAACGGACGAGUCUGAAGAUGAAGGAAAUAAUUCAGGUGAUUUAUAUUGCAUGAUGGUGUCUUCAAUUAAUAAAAUUAACGAACCAUGCUUAGUUGAAGUAACAAUAGAGAAUAAAAGCCUAACUAUGGAGGUUGAUUGUGGGUCAUCUGUAACGGUUAUCAGUAAGAGCAAAUACUUUACGCAUUUUAAGGAUCCUUUAAGCAAAUAUGAUAAACAAUUAAUAGUAGUCAAUGGGGAAAAACUAAGGGUUGAAGGGGAGGCAAAAGUCUUAGUUGAAUUUAAGGGAGUGACGGCACAAUUGCAACUGUUAGUACUAAAUUGCAGCAAUGAUUUUACCCCUUUGAUGGGACGAACAUGGUUAGAUGUUUUUUUUAAAGAUUGGAGAUAUUUUUUCUCAAACUCGUUGACUGUUAAUAAUAUGGCUAUUGAUACGAGUAACGCUGCUGAAGAUAUUAAGAAAAAAUUUCCCAAUGUAUUUUUGAAAGAUUUUUCUACACCGAUCAAGGGUUUCCGAGCAGAUUUAGUUAUGAAAUCGGAUGAACCAAUUUUUAAGAAAGCGUAUGAUGUUCCUUACCGCUUGAAGGACAAGGUUAUAGAUUAUUUGGAUCGCUUGGAAAAAGAAAAAGUAAUAACUCCUAUUAAAACCAGUCAAUGGGCAUCACCAGUGAUAAUUGUCAUAAAAAAGAACAAUGAAAUCAGAUUGGUAAUUGACUGCAAGGUGUCCAUAAAUAAGGUUAUCAUUCCUAACACGUACCCGUUACCUGUUGCCCAAGAUUUAUUCGCUGGUUUGGCGGGCUGCAAAGUUUUUUGCGCUUUAGAUUUAGAGGGGGCAUACACUCAAUUGGAACUAACGGAAAAAUCUAAACAUUUCAUGGUAAUAAACACAAUAAAAGGCCUCUUUACUUAUAACCGAUUGCCUCAAGGAGCAACAUCAAGUGCAUCUAUAUUUCAACAAAUUAUGGAUACUGUUUUAGAUGGCAUUGAUUACGUGUACGUUUAUUUAGAUGACGUCCUCAUAGCUGGAAAAGAUUUGAAUGAGUGUAGGGAAAAGUUGUUAUUAGUUCUAAAAAGAUUAUCAGAUGCAAACAUAAAAAUAAAUUGGGGAAAAUGUAAAUUUUUUGUUACACAAUUACCUUAUCUUGGACACAUUAUUAGCGAAAAAGGAUUACUACCCUGUCAAGACAAAAUUUCCACAAUUCAGAGGGCAAAGGUGCCAAGGAACGUGACUGAAUUGAAGUCCUUUUUAGGGUUGAUAAAUUAUUACAACAAAUUCAUCCCACAUUUGUCGUCAAAGCUACAUUUUCUUUAUAAACUUCUAAGAAAUGACGUCAAAUUUAAUUGGGAUGAGAAUUGCGAAAAAGCAUUUGAGGAGGCUAAAAAGUCAUUAAUAAACACACAAUUUCUAGAGUUUUACGACCCGAAGAAGGAAAUAGUUGUUGUGACUGAUGCAUCGGGAUAUGGUCUUGGCGGAGUAAUUGCUCAUAUUGUGCAUGGAACAGAGAAACCUAUAUGCUUUACAUCUUUUACGUUAAAUGACGCACAAAAAUCGUACCCCAUUCUACAUCUAGAGGCUUUAGCUCUGGUGUGCACCAUAAAAAAAUUUCACAAAUAUCUAUAUGGCCAACACUUUACGGUAUAUACAGACCACAAACCUUUAGUGGGAAUUUUCGGGAAAGCUGGAAGACACUCAAUAUUUGUGACGAGACUACAAAGAUAUAUUUUAGAAUUAUCUAUUUAUGAUUAUGACAUAGUGUACAGGCCUUCGGCAAAAAUGGGUAACGCCGAUUUUUGCUCCCGAUUUCCAUUGGAGCAGACAGUUCCAGCGGAAUAUGACGUAGAAAUGGUAAGAAGUAUAAAUUUCGGUAAAGAGUUCCCCUUCGACCAUAAUCAAAUAGCAAAAUUAACAAAAACUGAUAAAUUUUUACAAGGCAUAAUUUUUUAUCUAAAAAAUGGUUGGCCAAAAAGAUUAGAAAAGCAAUUUAUAGAUGUGCAUGCAAAUCAGGAGGACUUGGAAAUAGUAGAUGAUUGUCUACUAUAUCAUGAAAGGGUAGUUGUACCACAAGAAAUGCACGGUGAAAUUUUGAAACUUUUGCACGCGAAUCAUUCCGGAGCGGUAAAAAUGAAGCAAUUGGCUAGACGUACGGUAUACUGGUAUGGAAUAAAUAGGGACAUACAAAAUUUCGUUGUUCGGUGCGAUGCUUGCAACGGAAUGGCAACAAGGCCGAAACCUAAGGUGACUUCUCAAUGGACCCCUACCUUGAGGCCUUUCAGCAGAAUCCACAUCGAUUUUUUCUAUUUCGGACAUCAAACCUAUCUUUUAAUAAUCGACAGCUAUUCCAAAUGGUUAGAAGUAGAAAAGAUGAGUAAGGGUACGGAUGCUGGACGAGUUUUGAAAGUAUUAGUCGAAUUUUUUGCAAGAUUUGGUUUGCCUGAUGUUGUGGUGUCGGACAAUGGUCCCCCAUUUAACUCUGUAAAUUUCGUACAAUUUUUAAAAAGGCAGGGAAUAGAGGUGAUGAAAAGUCCACCAUAUAACCCCUCGAGUAAUGGCCAAGCAGAAAGGAUGGUCAGAACAAUAAAGGAUGUGUUGAAGAAAUUUUUAUUGGAUGAAGAAUACUUAAACAUAGAUUUGGAAGACCAGAUAAAUUUAUUUUUGUUCAAUUAUAGAAAUAAUUGUUUGACGGAAGAUGGGAAAUUUCCUUCGGAGAAUAUUUUUUCUUUUGCUCCAAAGCAACUUAUUGAUUUAAUUAACCCAAAAAAACAUUAUAAGAGACAAAUGUCUGAACAGCGUGUUUUAACAGGAGACAAUGGUUUGGGAUGUAAUAAUAAUGCUAACUUGACAACCGACCCUAUUAACAAUUUAACAGAGGGUGAGGAAGUAUGGUUCAAAAAUCAUAACCCUCACAUUACGGCCAAAUGGUUAAAAGGGCAUUUUCUCAAGAGAUUCUCUAAAAAUACAUUCCAGAUCGUGAUUGGAAACGUGCCAACUAUGGUCCAUCGAAAUCAGCUUAGAUUACCAAGGCGCUCGGAAUCCCCUCCCAAACCAAUGAUAACGUCAUCAGUUGAAGAAGUAAGAGUUGCAACGAACCAGAGGGUUGCAACGAAUCAGAUGGAUGACAGCAGCAACGGAAAUGGGAGAGGUCCUGAGGUUGCUGUGCGACUGAGACGAAAACGAAGGAACUCCUUCUCUUCCGAAGACACGCCACGAAGGUCCAAACGAGUGCGAAAACAAAAUAUUGAUAAAAAUUAUGUGUAUAAUUGAACUUUCUAUAAGAUAAGGUGAACUAAUGUGUUUUCGAAUUUUAAUGAAGUUUUGUAUUGAUACAGCUCGAAUUGAAAUCAGUGUAUAUUGAUAGUAUAAGAAAAAAAAGUUUCGAUUGGUGUUAUGUAAGCUCUUAAGGGUGAAGAGCUGUUAUGUCCCUGUCUAAUGACGGAGAUAGCGAACGAAUGUUCGCUCUCAAUGUAAUGCGCGUAACGCUAUCGAAUCAUAUAAACUGAGAAUAAACACGUAGAACAGAUGACUCUACGUCUGACGAGCUAACUAGAAACAACCCUCUUAGUAUUCUCAAGCUAUCUCCGAAAGUCUGUCUCUAAACAUUACAACAA